CAUGUAACCAAUCAGAUGGCAGCUGUUUAGAGAGUUAGAACAUGAAAGGCGAGACCUGAUUGGUUGCUGGCACUAUUAGGCAUCAGGGACUGUAUGAAGUCACAUGACUUUACUGUUCCUGUGGCUUCUACUAUAAGGAGCGUUGGUAGCAUAAUGAAUGGGACGCUUCUUCCAAACACGCCCAUCGCCGUGGAUUUCUGGCAGAUCCGAAAAUGCAGUCACGUCCGGCUCUUUUUUCUCUCUCACAUGCAUAGUGACCAUACGAUGGGUUUGUCUUCCACAUGGAAAAAUCCACUCUACUGUUCACCGGUCACAGCCAAGGUCCUUAAACAUAAGUUACAGGUAAAGAGUAAAUGGAUCAAUCCAUUGGAAGUUGGAGUAUGCCACAUGCUGCCUUUGGAUGACUGUGGGAUUGAAAAAGUAGCUGUGACUCUAAUAGAUGCCAACCACUGCCCUGGUUCUGUCAUGUUCCUGUUUGAGGGAUAUUUUGGUACUGUUCUGCAUACAGGUGAUUUUCGAUAUGACCCCUGUAUGCUCUCAUGUCCUCCACUGAGAAACCUAAAGGUUGAUGUUCUGUAUUUGGACAACACAAAUUGUGAUCCUGAACAGAGCUUACCUUCUCGACAAGAAGCAACUGAGCAAAUCGAGGAGUUAAUAGAAAAGCACCCGUACCAUAACAUAGUGAUUGGCCUGUACAGUAUAGGAAAAGAAUCUCUGUUGGUGGACUUGGCAAAAACGUUUCAGUCUUGGAUUGUGGUAAGUCCCCAAAGACUGGAACUGCUCACUCUUCUAGAAACUGAAGAUGUUUUUUCAGCAUCUAACGUGGAUGGCAGGAUUCGUGUAGUGGAGCAGUCUGAAGUGAAUUACUGUAACAUGGAGAAAUGGAAUUCUUAUCAUCUAACCAUAGCCAUUCUUCCAACCAGCCGGAAAAUAAAGGUCCGGCACAAAGAUAUCCACGUGGUUCCGUAUUCUGACCACUCUUCGUACGACGAACUUAUCGAAUUUGUUUCUCGAUUAAGACCCUCUUCCAUUAUCCCAGUCGUUAAAAAAAACCAAUGCAUAUCUAAUUUCAUGUCCUAUUUCAAUCGAUACUUGAGUUCUGAGAAAGCAAACCAUCGCAUAAAAAUACCAGAUUCUGUUAAAUCACUUAUGAGAAGUCAGAAUGUAUCUAGUCAAGUAGGCACGCUAAAGCUCAAAGUUUCUAGGACACAAAUUCCUCGAGGAGUUGAGUUUGAGCCCAUUGAAAAUUUACAAUGUAUUGCCGACCUUAAUGGGUCCAGUGACAACUUGGAGACAUUAAAGUCAGCAAAGCAGAAGAUUAACUUGAAAGAGGAAAGCAAUGCUGACCAUUGUAACGCGAGUCGACAAUUUAGGAGAGCACCAGUACCACUGACGGAGUCAACUGUUCUUGUGGCUCACACAGAGGACAAGGCAUUUACAUCUCCAAAUUCUACAAUCUUCGAAAUCUCUCAGAAUGAGUUUGAGAUGCCUUCAGCAAUCUUAUCCCCUAAAGACUCAUCUAUUUUAUGUGAAGAGAUAAGUCAAAUUAUUCAUCUUAAUGUGAGUGCCUCUACAGACCAAACAUAUAAAGCAUUUUCUUACACAAAGAAUGACCGUCUUUCAAUUUUGCCCUGUAAGAGGCGGAAACAACUUGAUUCAAGAAACUUUUAUCUCCAAGUGGAAAGAUAUUUGAGAAGCAGCAGAGCAUCCUCAUGUAAGUACACUGCAGUAGCCCCAGGACCAGAUACGAAGUAACUCUAUCAUAAAUUAAUGUGAUGAAGUCCGUUCGGGUCAGGGGAGUCGUGGUUGGCCCAGGAAAUGCAGCUGACACAUGGACCAUAGUCGAAUGCACGAGCGCCUAUUAACAGAUUGCCCACCUUUCACAUUGUAUCGCCGAGCUACCCAACUGCUCCUCUCAACAACUGCGAAGGCUUGGACAGAACAAUGGUGUUCGGAGGCAUUCAGAGUAGAGGAUCGUGAGUCUGUCUCGCCACUGUACCAAAUAAUAGUGUUGAAUGCCAGAACGGAACGGGGAGAUCGAUUUGUUAAAAAAAAGAAGAAAAAAAAAUCAGUGGACCAGUGGGAAUUGUGACAUGUAAGCCACGUUGAUUUCCAAAACUGCUCACAGGUCCUCCUGAAACUAUAACCGUAUGCCCAUACCCUUUUAAACUUCAGAUCACCGGUCAUGUUCUGAACAGAUGAAUUGUCUUUUUAACAGUUUGGAGAAGAUUUUUGCACAUUUUUAUAUUGUUGAAUAUUUUGUAUCUGUGUUGGUCUGUGAAUGUAAAAUCCGUUUUUAUGUAACAGUGGGUCGAGUUGUAAAUACAGUAAGGCUCCUUUCACUUCAGAUUCUCCUUUCCGUUCUCCGGCUCCGUUGAGGAGCAGGACAACUGAAAGGACAGAUUCUGCAGAUAACUGAGCGUAACGGA